UAUAAGAGGCUUUCACACACAGGCUUAGGACCCGAUACACACAUGUGUCCUUUAUGCCCCGUCACACUCUAAAUUUUACCAGCAUUCUGAAACAUCAUCAGUCCUUUUGAUCAUCACAAAGGAUGUCAUCAAUCAGCAGCAGGCCUUGGACAUCUAGCACUUGAGGAGCCUUAUCAAACUUUCAGCAGUGUGAAUACAUGCAGGACACAGUGCGGUGCAAACAACGAUCGUGUCAGACUUUUAAAACAGCCCUGACGUCACCAGCACACCUUAACCCAAAACUGAUUUCCAAUCCUGUUUUCAUGCCUUUUUGCUACAGAUCUUGAUAAAGAGUAAUAAGUCUUCUCCACUUCAAACUACUCCUACAUCUAGCUCCCUUUUCUGUGUCACAGUGCCCCUCAGAGGGGUGAUGCCAUUCUUGCUUAAUGCCAACGCCUCCUUUAGCUCCAAACAGGAGCUGCUUGACCUACAGGAUGGCCCUCUCAGUGGGGAACCUUCUGUGGAUGCCCCAAGCCCAGUGGACACCCCCAGCCCUGUGGACUCUCUAGUAGGUAGCCCCAUAGGUUUGGGGCCUAGAAGCCCAAGCGGCUGCACAGUUAAUGGCCCUAAUCGGCCCCAUAUUUUCACCGGGGCUACAUCACUGCCAGGGCAAUUGAACGGGGUCCACACACCAUGUGCAGUGACUCCUGUGGCAUUAAAUGUGAUCCCCACUGACUCAGACCAGCUAUGUGGCUGGGGCGCUCUCGCACCCAAAGCCAUCCAGAUUUUCAACACCUCUCGUUGGGUAUUAUUCUUUCUUUGUGUGGCCUCUUUCCUACAGGGCAUGAUCGUCAACGGUUUCAUAAACACAGUGGUCACCUCUAUCGAACGGCGCUUCGACCUACCAAGCUACCAGACUGGACUCAUCGCCAGCUUCUACGACAUUGCUUCUUGUAUCUGUCUGGCUUUCGUCAGCUACUUUGGCGGGAUGGGCCACAAGCCUCGUUGGCUGGGAUGGGGAAUAUUGAUCAUGGCUAUGGGAUCUCUGGUUUUUGCCUCGCCACACUUCACCACACCACCAUACCAGGUCAGUCUGCCCGAACACAUGGGAAUGUGUUCUGCCAAUCGUACCAGCCUGUGCCACAACCAUCAGAGCAGAGGGCUGCCCAACUAUCGCUUUGUGUUCAUGCUGGGCCAAUUUCUGCACGGUGUGGGAGCUACACCACUCUACACGCUGGGUGUCACAUACCUAGAUGAGAACGUCAUGUCCAACUAUGCGCCUGUUUAUAUUGGGAUCUUCUAUACAGCAGCCACUGUGGGUCCAGCUGCAGGCUACCUCCUUGGAGGAUACUUCCUUACUCUGUAUACUGACAUCCACCUGACGACGGAAAUGACUCCUGAGAACCCUCUGUGGGUCGGGGCAUGGUGGAUUGGUUUCUUAGCAGCAGGAGGAGCAGCAGUGCUUGUAGCAAUUCCCAUCCUUGGCUAUCCACGACAACUGCCAGGUUCUCAGGAGUAUGUGAACAUGCGAGUCUCUGAGACCCACCAGCUUAAAGAUGGCAGCCAUAUCACUGCCUCAGAUCCUCAGUUCGGAAAAUCAGUCAAAGACAUGCCCAGAUCAAUGCUGCUCCUCUUAAAGAAUCCAACCUUCUUGUUCCUGUGCCUGGCGGGGGCUACAGAAGCCACCCUCAUUGCUGGGAUGUCCACCUUUGGUCCCAAGUUCUUGGAGUCUCAGUUCAGCCUCAGUGCAUCAGAGGCUGCUACAUGUUUUGGGUACAUCGUGGUACCAGCAGGGGGUGGUGGCACCUUACUGGGUGGCUACAUUGUGAAGAGACUGAACCUUCGAUGUCGCAGCAUCAUUCGUUUCUGCAUGAUAUUUGCAAUUGGCAGUCUGCUCGCUUGCUUCAUGUUUGCCAUCCAUUGCUCCAACGUACCUAUGGCUGGAGUGACUGUGCCGUAUCAUGUCACUCCGACGGAGAGCCAGCAUCUGGGCCGCUAUAAAGCCAUGUAUGACCAGUCCAACAGCCCAGACCUCAGAAGCAGCUUUGUAGGUGGCAACCUGACGGCGCAUUGCAAUGCUGACUGUAGUUGCGUCAAAGAGUUGUACAACCCAGUGUGCGGUGCAGAUGGUGUGAUGUAUUAUUCCCCGUGCCACGCCGGCUGCAACUCCAUCAACUACACACUCUCCUCAAGCAAACAGGUGUACUCUGGAUGUAGUUGUGUGGUGGGUAACGUGUCCACAGGCAAGGAGGGCAUCGCUCUGGCAGGAAAGUGUAGCAGCUCCUGCCGUCACAUGCCACUCUUCCUCUCAAUCCUCUUCAUCCUCAUCCUCUGCACCUUCCUCUCGAGCAUCCCAGCACUCACCGCCACGCUCAGGUGUGUGCCAGACCGACAAAGAUCCUUUGGACUUGGCAUCCAGUGGAUUGUGGUGCGAACACUUGGUGGUAUUCCAGGUCCAAUAGCAUUUGGCUCUGUGAUUGAUACGUCCUGUUUACUGUGGGAGGGUUGGUGUGGUGAGCAGGGCUCCUGUUUCCUCUAUAAAAACUCAGCCAUGAGCCAGAACUUGCUAAUUAUUGGCAUUAUAUAUAAGGCUUUGGGGACAUUGUUUUUUCUUUUAGCCAGCAUCCUGUACCACCCACCUCCACAAUCGCCUCAAAGCAGCGGCGAAAGCACUGACCACAGAGCCGGAGACUUAAGUGACCUGUCAGUUCAAGACCUGCCUGUCGAUAAGUAGAUACAGUUACUGCCUUGUUCACAGUAGCUUCAGUGUGGUGUUUAUAUGGUUUCAAAACCAGCACAUAUUAUAUA